AUGGUCUCCACAAGCACGAUAGAUACUGUGCCUGCGGCGCCCAUUGCCAGUAGUAAUGGUGAUACUCUUGCAGCACUUUUGGCCCAGAUGAACAUCACUGGACAGCAAGCGUCCGAUAACGCAUUAGUCUCUGCUGUUUCUGCCAUCAGCAAGGUCUCCAAGACUUCAGCUCCACUCACUCCGGCGCCAACUCCAGAUCUAGCUUCAGUUGAGCCUACAGACAAACUCACCACCUCUCCUACAGUGUCAAGUGUCACUGCAUUACCUGUGUCAGUGCUUGAUCCACUGCCUGUCAUGACCAUCGCUGGAGCUGCUGUUCUUUCCACUGGAGCUGCUAUUCCUUCGCCUGCAGCUUCGGUCAUUACCCAGAUAGUCAAUGUGACGUACAAUGUACCAGCGGCUGAUGCUACAGGACCCUUCUAUUGGGUGACCCGUGGACGCUGCAUUGGUAUCUUUUCUACUUGGCAGCAGACCUCCUCCCAUGUCAUUGGCGUGAGCAGGGCCUCCUUUUCUAAGGUCCACUCAGUAGCCGAAGGCAUACAGUUGAUGGAGGAGGCAAUUACCUGCGGUGAAACGGAGGUGUUGCCCUAA